AUGCUCAUGGAGCUGACGGACAAUGAUGUCGCUGGUGCCGUGAGCCUCAUCUCCUUCAUCGUCCGCUGUGACCAGGCGCCCUUCGAGAUGCAGUCGGCAGCAGGGCAAUGUCUGGUUCAGCUGACGACGGCAGACUCCGUGUUCCUGUCGAAGACCGAUGCAGGCGGUGAGGACUGGCAGAACGAGCAAAUUACCAAGCUCACCAACAUGCUUAAUCGUCAUGUCAAUGGUCUGAUUCAGGGCAUCAUCCAGUUCGACAUCGUAGAAGCUUUCGGCCGAUGUAUUUGCCAGCACCAGAUGAGUCAUGCGCGGACGGACAUCAUAGUCAAAUACUUCCUCACAACGAUCCACAACUGCCUCCUCUACUGCUCUGCCAACCAGAAGAAGCUCAGGCAGCACCUUGCGACGCAGAGCACCAUCGUUCAGGAUAUUAUGAUCCCCUAUGUAUACAACAUUCUGCCGGCGCUGUUUGACAAUCCUGCAUGUGGCCCUGCGCUCAUCGAGUGGCAGAACCUGAAGGCAACGCUGCAGACGUUUGUUGUCGUCACCUUCAACAUCAAUGUCUUUCGACCCCACCUGCGGGACUCGGACAUGAUCCCAAAGAUCUGCGAGGUGCCUCGCAUCCUGACUCAUAUCUCCAUGCUGGAGCUUCUGGUAAAAACGGCGAUCAACGUGGACUAUCCAAAGGGACCGUUUUGCGACAAGCUCACGGAGACUUUCCAGGCAGCCUUCGAUCAAUUACCGGCAGAGAGUCAGGCUCGACUGCAAAGACGGAUGACUUGCGAGCAGAGCAUGCGCUUGCCCUUCUCGAGAUCGUCUGUCAAGGCUGUCGAGCUGCUCUCGUUUGCUUUUGGUGCCCCAGAGGCGUCACCAGAAGCGGCAGCUGCUAAUCAUUCCACCAAGCAGCGCAAAUGGCGGAAUGCCAAGAACAAGGCGAGAAGGAGGAAGAAGCUCUUCUCCAUGCAGGCAUCGAGCAAGAAUGGGGAAGAGCCCGAAGCCGACGACGAGCAGGGCGAGGAGUCCGAAGACGACAUGCCUCCGCUGAUUCCUGGCGAUGGAUGGGAAGCGAGUCUUGGCACAGCGGACGAGGCCGGCGUUCCGCAGAAAGCGGUCUGCCAGCUAAGUGGUGCCUUGAUGCACGAUCCCGUUAGCACUCCAGAUGGAUAUCUCUUUGAGAGGGCUGCCUUGGAGGACUGGACGAGCCAGCAUGGCUCGAAUCCUCUCACCGGAGCGCCUUUGGCCAUGGAUGAGGUGGUGGAUCGCGAAGAUAUAGCUAACUUUAUCCAGGGAUACCAGCUGCAGAUGCUGUCAGUCACCCAAGUGGCUCCCGAAGCCAUUGAUGGAGCAGGGCCAGAGGUCCGGGCCGCUCCUGACCCCGAUGUGCCGGCACCACCUCCCACAAAACCUGUCGAGACGGGACCUUCCUUGCUGGGAGACUUGCCUGCGCUCUCCAAGACUGAUAUGACGGAGAGUAAAAGAAAGGACAAGGCCAAGAUCCGGAUAGAAUCCAGAUCUGUUGUUGACUGUCCAGAGGACAUGCGAUGUGCCAUAGACGGGAAGGUCAUGGUCAAUCCGGUGCUGUCUCGUUAUGGACAUCAUUUCGAGAGGAAGACACUGGAGAAGUGGUUUGGAAACUGCGGAUCUGUGUGUCCGAUCACGCAAAAGCCUUUGCGUUUGGAGGAAUGUCAACCAGAUCAGGAGAUGAAAAAAAGGAUCGUCAAGUUCUUGAAGGGCCAGUCAUGA